AUCAAUUACUUGUGAAAUCUUUGUAUUAUGGAACCAAAAGCAAAGAUGGAGUUUUCAUUAGCUUUGGUAUGUCUCAUGAGCUUAGACUCACCACAAGACUACCUCAAUGCCCACAAUGUAGCUCGUGCCCAAGUGGGUGUUGGACCUAUGACAUGGGACAACAACGUUGCCGCCUAUGCACAAAGGUAUGCCAAUUCGAGGAUGGGUGAUUGCAAUCUCGUCCACUCCGGUGGGCCUUAUGGGGAAAUGCUUGCUGAGGGCAGUGGUUCAUUUACAGGCACUGACGGAGUGAACCUUUGGGUAGACGAGAAGCCUUUCUAUGACUACGACUCCAACUCAUGUGUUGGGGGAGAAGAAUGCAGGCAUUAUACCCAGGUGGUAUGGAGAAACUCGGUCCGCCUUGGGUGCGCUAGGGUUCAGUGUACCAAUAACGGUUGGUGGUUUGUGAUCUGCAGCUAUGAUCCCCCAGGCAACUAUAUUGGACAACGUCCUUAUUAGAGAUUGGUAUACUUAAUAAUUGUAUGCAUGCUAUUUAUAUAUAUUACUAGCAUACAUUUAUAAAUAAGCUUACAAAUGAUUA